CUGACUUUUUAUCUCGAGUUAUGGAUUUACGUGGCCUCACUGGCCUAUCUGAGAUCAUCUUUUGCGCAUGCGUGUACUCCCGGAAGUUACACGAGAACAUGUGAAAUUCUCCAGUCUGCUGCAAUAAAGUGCAAUAGAGACAUAUUUCGCCAACAACGCAGUAGUUUUAACAGUAGUUUAACUCUCAGGCUGACUGAUCUAAUAGGACAGCAAUUGUACGCCCCUAUCCCUAUCACACACUCCAGAAUCGUGACAGCUGAGUAUGGUGCAACCAGUGCCUGAGCAUAUUAACUUCCCAAAAGAAGAAGAAACUAUCUGCGACCUCUGGAAAGACAUUGAUGCUUUUCAAACAUCUCUGAAGCAGUCCAAGGGCAAACCAAGGUACACAUUUUAUGAUGGUCCCCCAUUUGCAACUGGGCUGCCCCAUUAUGGGCAUAUCUUGGCAGGUACUAUCAAAGACAUUGUUACCAGAUGGGCACAUCAGAGUGGAUUCCAUGUAGAGCGAAGAUUCGGAUGGGAUUGUCAUGGUCUGCCAGUGGAAUUUGAGAUAGAUAAAACUUUGGGCAUUAAAGGACCAGAGGAUGUGGCUAAGAUUGGAAUAGAAGCCUACAACAAUGAGUGUCGCAAAAUUGUCAGUAGAUACGCAACUGAAUGGGAAACAAUAAUCGGACGUUUGGGAAGAUGGAUUGAUUUCAAGAAUGACUACAAGACAAUGUACCCCUGGUUUAUGGAGACCAUAUGGUGGAUCUUUAAACAACUCUAUGACAAGGGACUUGUAUACAGGGGCUCUAAGGUGAUGCCAUUCUCUACAGCCUGUAACACUCCCUUGUCUAACUUUGAGUCGGGACAGAACUACAAGGAAGUUGUUGAUCCAGCAGUGACAGUCAGUUUCCCCCUGGUGGAUGAACCUGGUGUUUCUCUGAUAGCCUGGACCACAACCCCCUGGACUCUACCCAGUAAUCUUGCCCUAUGUGUCAACCCUCUACUUGACUAUGUAAAAAUCAAAGAUAACACAACUGAGAAUGUGUACAUUAUGAUGGAGGCAAGGCUAUCUGCACUCUUUAAAAAGGAGGAGGAAUACACAGUCUUAGAAAAAUUUAAAGGAGAAACCUUGAAAGGCAAACAAUACAAGCCGAUCUUUCAAUACUUUUAUAAACAGAUGAAGGAUAAAGGUGCAUUUAGAGUGCUGACUGAUAGCUAUGUAACAGAGGAGACUGGUACAGGAAUAGUUCAUCAGGCUGCAUAUUUUGGAGAGGAUGAUUACCGUGUGUGCCUUGCCCAUGGGAUAAUCACCAAGGAUAUGGAGAUUAUCUGUCCUGUCGAUGCAAGUGGACGCUUUACAGAUGAGGUCGCUGACUUUAAAGGACAGCAUGUCAAGGAUGCAGAUAAAAACAUCAUCAAGUGGUUGAAGAAUAAUGGCAGAAUGGUCCACCAGAGCACCGUGAAACAUAGCUACCCAUUCUGUUGGAGGUCUGAGACCCCCCUCAUCUACAAGGCUGUACCUAGCUGGUUUGUCCGAGUACAACAGAUGAGUCAGAAUCUAUUGGAGAAUAACCAGAAAACAUAUUGGGUACCAGAUUUUGUGAAGGAGAAGAGGUUUGCAAACUGGCUAAGAGAUGCUAGGGACUGGGCCAUAUCUCGAAACCGCUACUGGGGCACACCUAUCCCCCUGUGGGUCAGUGACGAUGGGAAAGAGGUUGUGUGUAUUGGAUCUGUUGAGGAGCUAGCAGAGCUGAGUGGUACUAAAGUAGAAGAUCUACAUAGAGAUACGGUUGAUAAGAUCACAAUCCCAUCAGCCAGUGGAAAGGGGGUACUGCGCAGAGUCCCAGAGGUCUUUGAUUGCUGGUUUGAAUCAGGAAGCAUGCCAUACGCUCAAGCUCACUACCCAUUUGAAAACAAGAAAGAAUUUGAAGAUUGUUUCCCUGCUGAUUUCAUAGCUGAGGGUAUCGACCAGACUAGAGGAUGGUUCUACACACUCCUGGUUCUCUCCUCUUCCCUAUUUGGAAAGCCUCCCUUCAAGAACCUUAUCGUCAAUGGACUUGUACUUGCCAGCGAUGGUGAAAAGAUGAGCAAAAGGAAAAAGAACUACCCUGAUCCAAUGGCGGUUGUGAACAAGUAUGGAGCUGAUGCCUUGAGGUUGUACUUGAUCAACUCUCCUGUAGUGAGGGCAGAAAGUUUGAAGUUCAAGGAAGAUGGUGUUAGGGAUGUGCUGAAGGAUGUGUUUUUACCCUGGUACAAUGCUUACAGAUUCUUAAUGCAGAAUAUUGAGAGACUUGAAAGGGAGGAGAACAUCCAAUUCUUGUACAAUGAGAAAACAGCAUCUCUCCCUGUGAACUAUAUGGACAAGUGGAUCCUAACAUUCACUCAGAGUCUCAUCAAGUUUGUGCGUAAAGAGAUGGAGGCCUAUAGACUUUACACUGUGGUACCAAGACUUAUAAAGUUUGUUGACCAGCUGACCAAUUGGUUUGUUAGGAUGAACAGGAAAAGGUUGAAGGGAGACAGUGGAAGUGAGGAUUGCACCCAAGCCUUAGAGACACUCUUCAGUGUUAUAUACUCCAUGUGUAAGGUCAUGGCACCAUUUAUCCCAUUUCUGACUGAACACAUGUACCAGAAUCUGAAACAUUUGUUACAUCCAGAUUCUGAGGAUGGCAGUAAGCAGGGGAGUAUCCACUACCUUAUGUUGCCUCAUCCAAGAGAGGAGUUGAUUCAUGCUGAGAUUGAGGAGGCAGUGUUACGUAUGCAGACCGUAGUUGAGCUAGGACGUGUCGUCAGGGACAGGGCUACUAUGCCUGUAAAAUACCCAUUGAGGGAGAUUGUUGUGAUCCACCAGGAGCAAGCUGUACUGGAUGAUGUCAGAUCAUCUCAGAAAUACAUAUUAGAAGAACUCAAUGUAAGAAAACUGACUACAACAACUGACAAAGAAAAAUAUGGUGUCCAUCUGCGAGCAGAACCAGACCAUAAAACAUUGGGCCCCAGACUUGGUGGUGCUUUCAAAACAAUCAUUGGUGAUAUCAAAAAACUAUCUGAUGGACAGCUCCAAGACUUUUUGAAAUCUGGAAAGAUCACUGUAAAAGGUCAUGACCUUGGACCUGAAGACCUUCGCAUCAUGUAUACUUUUGACAGCUCAUCGAAGUCAACUCCAAACUGUUACGAGGCCCAUUCUGACAAUGAUAUUCUGAUUCUCCUAGAUGUCACUCCUGACCAGUCCAUGUUGGAUGAAGGUCUUGCCCGUGAGAUUAUCAACAGAUUGCAGAAACUUCGUAAAAAGGCGCAUCUAGUCCCUGCUGAUGACAUCACAGUGUUUUACAAAGCAAGUGGAGCCCUGACUCGAGUGGCAAAGGAUUUUAAUGACUUUAUAACCCAAUCUAUCAAGCAGCCACUUUUACCAUUUCCAGUUGUUGGAAAUGGUAAAGAAAUUAUCUCAGAAAAAACUCAAAUCAAGGGUGAUGACCUUGAGAUGACCUUGGUGGAGGGUCAUGUACUAGAGUUGGCCCAAUCCCAAUCUGCCACCACUAGUACAACAAAUGGACUUGCCCCAUUCUGCAAGUUUGUCAAUGUGGAGCUAUGUGAUGCUGCUCCUCAGUGCGGUGUGAAGGGGACACAGGGUACAGUACUAUUAGAGAACCCUAAAGGAGACUUUAUCAUCACUCUGGAUGAGCUUGUCAAACAGGUGAAGAUCAUAUUUGGACUACAAAACAAGACUCUGAGAGUUUAUGGUUCAAAAUCAAGAAAGGAUGAAAUUAAGACUCUAAAAGAAGCUCUGACUUUACAUACUAAAACAUUGUAUGUAUUUGCCAAUUGAUGCUAAAAGAUGCUAGCAGUCUUCAUAUACAGCAAUCUUGUACAGUAAAACCGAAGUGGAAAACCUUUACUACCUCUAAAAAGUGUUCCACUUUACAGGUUUCGCUGUAUUUCAAAAUGAUUUCAUGCAUGUCAUGUGUUAUUGUGUAUUUAAUAUUUUAUUGUUGUA